UCCGCACACGCUUAGCGUGAGGUGUGUGGUAUUCGGUGAUGUUGCACCAUCUUUGAACAUGUUAUGGUGAUUUCUAGAACGCACAAAGGAAGGAAAAUAAAAAGUGCAAGAGCGUCAAGUUAAGCAUCAUGGGUUGCCUCCAGUCCCGAAAAGUGGAGGAGAACUACCUUCUGCAAAGCCUCCAGGAGCACGAGAGCGGCAUCAACUGUAUGGCCGUGAGUGAGGACGGUUCUGUGUUGGCCACGGGCGGCGAGGACAAGACGGCUCGGCUGUGGAGCACCAAAACAGAGCAGUGUGAGUGCAUCGGCGUGCUGCGGGGCCACGGGGACUACAUCAACUGUAUUCUCAUAGAGGACUGCUACGUGCUCACGGGUUCGGCCGACAAGACUGUGCGGAAGUGGGACGUGGGCACGUGCGAGUGUCUCCUGGUCAUGACUGGUCACUCCAGCGUCAUUUAUCGAAUGAUCUGCACCGGCGACUUCAUCUUCACAAGCUCCUACGACCGCACAGCUCGUGCCUGGGACUUCGACUCCGGGGAGUGCGUGCGCGUGUUCCGAGGCCACAAACGAGGCGUCUACCCUCUCAUCUUUAUCCCGGCCGAGCAGGACGAAGACGACGGGGACGUAGACCUGGACGCCUCUAACGACAUCCUCAUCACUGGCUCAGCAGACUUCACCGCCCGCACCUGGAACUUCGAGACGGGUCACGUGAUCAAGGUCAUGAAGGGUCACAAGGGCGCGGUCACGUGCAUGUCGGUUGACCCCGGCGGCCGAGUGUUGUUUACCGGAAGUACGGAUUUCACCAUCAGGAGUUGGAAUAUGUACAAAGGGACGCAGCUCAAAGUGUUUGAAGGACAUCAGGGAUCUGUGAUAUGCAUGACGUGUUCACUGCUUGUGGUGAUGCAUCAGUUCGUGUGUUUGACGCCAAGACGGGCACCGUCCGACGCACCAUGAAGGGACAUAGCACCACAGUCACUGCCAUGCAGGUGGUGGAGGGCAGAUUAUUCACCUCCUCCUACGACGGCAGCCUCAACGUGUGGAACGUGAGAAACCUCGAGAACAACGACACCGCCAUCAACAAAACCAACGUGGUCAACAACAACAACAAUAACAACGUGGACAAAGGCAAAGACAAAGACAAGAUGAACGAAGUGGAGAAAUUUGGCGGCUUACAGCCCAGCAGCUCGACCCCCGCCGAAUCGGGGAACUCCGAUGGGGACAAGAUCAUGAUCGACUGACGCAGAAGCUGAGGUUUGGACGUUUGUUGUUAUUUUCUACACAUGUUGCACCUCUGAAGCAGGCACGGAAUCAAAGGACCUACCCAGACACACGUCUGCUCUUGUGGAGGUGUCAACGGAGAAAUGAAUAUUCAUUAUUUUGUUAAUGCUCUUUUGUCAUGGGAAACGAAAUGUGUAUGCCUAUAACAUUCUGUGUGCGCGCGCGCGCGUGUGUGUGUGUGUGUGUGUGUGUGUGUGUGUGUGUGUGUGUGUGUGUGUGUGUGUGUGUGUGUUCAGUGCAGUUGGGACAGAGGGGAGAGCGAGGGCGUGCGAAGGCGUAUGUAAGUCGUGUGAGCUAGUGCGACAACGAUGGUGCAAUGUUCAAACGAAUUUCAUUCUGAUUCUAUUGACUACGCGGUAGAACUGUUCUACUUUAUCAUUUUAUCUCUGUCUUUUUAUCAUCUAUACGUCUGUCUGUCUGUCUGUCGCUCUAUCUAUCGUUCUAUCUAUCUGUCUAUCUAUCGUUCUAUUAUCCAAGCCCCCACCCUCCCCUUCAUUGGCUUUGUUCGAUCCUGCCAAUCUCUCACAGCUCCACAAGCUCUGAUACAUCUCAGUUAAAACGCGAACAACUUGACGUGCUUACGUCAGCAGGAAAGCUUUACUUCCUUGUGCCUCUACAACUAUUCCUAUUUCUUUUCUUCUGGCUAAAAUAUAUUCUCCAAGAACUUGUCUCACUCAGGCUCCAUUGCUUUUGUCUCUUUUGUGGUGCAGCCUCUCUGCACAUAAUACGCAUUUUGUUUACAUUUUGUUUAAAAAUCGAGUGUU